AUGUCAAACCGCGAUCUCUUGCCCCAGUUGGCAAGCUUGGGGGCAAAUGGACUGAUAGUGCCUGCCACCAAAUUCAAACAGUCUCGGACUUGCGCUUCUCUCUUUGAAACGCGCCCAGAAAAGAUAGAAAUCGCAUACGAGAACAUCUUGUUCGCCGAGCCGUCCGAAAAAGACGAAACCUCCAUCAAAAUCAGCUAUGGAGACGUGUCUAAAACUUCUUGCAUUCCGAAAACCGUCGUAGCAGCUUUCGAUGGAGGAGACCCCGCUGCCGUGGCCGAUGAAAUUAUGCAGAAGGCCUACGGAGCAGCCAAGCCGAAAAAACGGUUCCUGAUCCUCGUCAAUCCCAAUGGAGGAACUGGACACGCAGCAAGAGUGUUCAAGUACGCCUCUGAACCUCUUCUCCGGGCAGCAAACUGUUCCUUGAACGUUGUGGAAACUACUCACCGGUACCAUGCCCAGGAGAUUGGUGCAGAAAUUCCUAUGGACAAAUACGAUGCUAUCAUGUGUUGUUCUGGAGACGGUAUCCCACACGAGGUCAUCAAUGGUAUGGCCUCCCGUCCCGAAGACGGAGCCCAGCUGCUGCAAUCCGUGGCUAUCUGUCAGCUGCCCUGUGGAUCGGGAAACUCGCUGUCGUGGUCGCUAAAUGGCACUUCUUCUGCGUCUAUCGCAACAUUGAAAAUGAUCAAGGGAAGAGCCAUUCCCGUGGACUAUAUGGCUGUAACCCAGGGCGACAAGCGCGUCGUUUCGUUCCUCUCGCAGGCGUGGGGACUGGUGGCGGACCUGGACCUUGGAACUGAGCAUCUGCGAUGGAUGGGAGGAGCACGGUUCACAGUCGGAGCUAUUGCACGAAUCAUCAACCGAAAAGCCUACCCGUGUGAAAUAGCAGUCAAAGUACACACCCGAGAUGUACGCGAGCUCAGCAAACACUACCAAAAAUACAUUGUGGACCGAGUGGAUCCUCUCAGUAGUGAGGAGAUUGCCAAGCUCGACCCCAACGUGUUUGCUUCGCUCAAAUAUGGCUCUGUCAACGACCCGAUUCCUUCUGACUGGGAAGUCUCGACAUCCAAGGAAAUGGCAAACUUCUAUACCGGUAAGAUGCCCUGGGUGUCUGCGGACUCUUUGGCAUUCCCUGCUGCCAUCCCUCAUGAUGGCCUUAUCGACGUCAUGACAUGGGACGGCAAGGUUGGUCGAAGUGACGCUGUCAAUCUGCUGGUUGCCUCGGAAACUGGCCGUCAUAUCGACCUGCCCGUUGCGGGAUACAUGAAAAUCGAGGCAUUCCGAAUCACGCCUAUUGGAAAGUCGGACUAUAUUAGUAUUGACGGAGAGAGCUUUCCCAUUGAGCCAUACCAGGUCGAAGUUCUCCCCAGAGCAGGGCUCUAUCUGGCCCACGAGGGCACAUAUAUUCGAUCUGGCUUCCCCUUCAAGAAGUAUUAG